CGGGACAGCAGCCUCAGCGCAGGGGAUCGAGCAGCUUGAGAGAGCUUGAGCUGGGCGCCAUGGUUGCUUUCCACCAUGACACCAUGGCACCCUAGCGCUCCAGCUCACCGCUUAUGUUUCUUGCUUGAGCACUUGCAUCCUUGAUCUUUCAGCUGAUUGCAGAAAAGCAGGAUGGUUUUUAUUACACAUCUCAUCUCUGUAUGAAGCUUGCUGCGAGCUGAAAUGUGAGAUCUCAAUCCUCCGAAACGCAAACGAUACGCUUUUCAGGUGUGGCACAAGGGGUAAACAAGCAUCUCUGAAGCCAAAAAGGAUAUCUUUAGCUUGGAAAAUGGAUGCACUAAAGCAUCCAAUGUUCCAGUACCAUGUAACUUGGACACCAUGGACAAUGCCGCCGCAAACACCAGCCUGGGUCCAACAAGGAAGCUGGAUGAGCUCGGCAGCCAUUGUUGUGCUGUCGUCAGCCUGGCGUCACCUAAAACAGAGGGUCUGUAUAACGACCGUCCGAUGUAUUUAUCGCGACUGCCAAGCCCCUAAAACACCGGAGCCAAUGCGCUAUCAGAACUGUCAAAUUCCAGAUUCGGCGACCCACCUGUAGCCUGGGCCUGGGGGCCGCCGCGCAGCGUGAGCUGGACAGAACCAUCCUGUCGUGUCGGAUUCUGCAUCCUGAGGCUGACCGAGGAAGCAAGCGCCACCGACAUUAGGGGACACGUUUCCACCGGGACGACCUGCUGCAUUGCUUCCAUUCUGCAAGGGUUUUGGGUGGUCGCUUUACAACGUAACGAUGACCGCACCUCUUCCCAAACCCUCACGCAGUGACCCGGGGGCUGACAGCGUGGCCUCUGCCGGCAUGGCCCACAUUGAUGCGGGGCCGCUGGGUGGUGCCGCAAUGCACCGCAGGAAGCCGAGCCGGAGCGAGCCGGAGGAUGAGCUCGAGGCAGUGGAGUACCAGGACGACCACGACCAGGAACAGCAGAGGCUGCAGACACUCAACAGGGGCGAGGAGGAAAUCCCCUCAAAGGCUACCAUUCCUGAAGACUUUUACCAUAAGAAGUGGUACAACUCAAACGAUGUCUACAAGCAGUUGGACGCCGCCAGGGCAGAGGUCGCAACUGAUGAGGACUUCGUUCCUGGCCAAGGGCCUGCCUUGAUGAAGUAUUUGGGUGUGGAGUCCAGCCGGCCCACGCUAGGAAGCAAGCCGGACCGCAGCGAGUUGAAAGAUCCAAAUGACGCAGUGGCAACAUACAUGAGAGAGGCAGAAACCUCUCAUAAACCGUCAAGGAGUGAGGCAGAAUGAAGCUCAAGGUUUGCCAUAAACAUAUGCUAACGUGUGGUGUAAUGUUGAUCGACUCCUGGCCCCACCGCUGCGUUUGCGGAAGUGGCCCGUUUAGCCCCAGUAACGAGUAGUGGAUUAGCUUGUUGUCCUCUGGGAGCAGAAGGGAAGGCUUGAAAGAUUGCAACACCAAUAUUCAACUAUAUCCCAUCAGAGACGUUUACUCUGAACUAUGCAAGCAGUUCAUGCCGAAAUCUGGCAUGCAUGAUUGAUCAAGAUGAUGCUUGAUCAAGAUCGAGCACCGUCAGGCAUUGCUGCCACGCAUCUUUGG